UACAUAUUCCAGCAUGCAUUUGAGUGUGUCACGCUGUUAGCAAGUAACUACUUUUCAACAUUGUCUUGUAUGUAGUGCCUGUAGUAUUUUAUUUUCCACUUUAGGUACUUCAAUGGCCUUUUGGAAAAAGUCUCCGCGCGAACAGACUCGCUCAAAUAAUCGGGAAAUCCGUUCGGCUAAGCGAGAUAUGACGCGAGAACAGAAUGAGCUGGCGAGGGAAGAGAAAAGGUUAGAGACGGAGAUAAAACGCCUUGCGUCUAAAGGCGAUAAACAAGGUUGUGUGGCCUUGGCAAAGCAGCUCGUCAACAUCCGCAAUCAGCGUACACGUGCCGCUGUGCUUGACUCGAAAUUGUCCACCGUCUCUUCACAACAACGUGUUGCGGCAGCUUCGGCUACCAUGACCAAGACGAUUUCUUCUGCGACUGGAAUAAUGAAACAAAUGAACAAGAAUACGCCAGUUUCCGAUCUUUCGAACACCCUGCAGCAAUUCAACAAAGCGCAGAUGGAAGCUGAUAUGAGGGAGGAGAUGUUGAAUGAAGCUAUGGACGAUGUGGGCUUCGAAGAUGAAGCCGACGACGUAGUUCAGAAGGUCCUAGACGAGCUUCACAUAGACACAAAGACUCGACUGAAUGACGUACCAGUUCCGCCAAGUUCUUCAUCAGUUAAUGAAACGGAAGAUCUAGCCUCUUUACAUGCGCAGUUAGCGAAGUUGCGAGAUUGA